CCCUAGUUAGUAACAAUGAUCCAUAUAUCUGUUCUUCUAAUAUUAGUUGUACAUGCCAUUGCUCAAGAUGAAACACAGUUCACCUACAAUGGUUUCCAAGGAGCCACCAAUAAACUUCAUGUUGAUGGAAUCGCGACUAUCCUUCCAAAUGGUCUUCUCCAAUUGACAAACUACUCAAGUUACAAUACUUCCCAUGCUUUCUAUCCACGCCCCGUGAUCUUUAAACCAAAUCACAUAUCAUUCUCUACCACUUUUAUUUUUGCUAUAUAUCCAAUAGCUCCAAAUCAAUCCAGCCAUGGAAUUGUUUUUGUUAUCAGUCCAACUACACAUUUCCAACAGGCUCUCCCUUCCGCGUACUUGGGACUCUUUAAUACUUCCUCCAACAGGCUGCCUUCAAACCAUAUAAUUGCGGUAGAAUUAGACACCAUCCAAAAUCCUGAGUUCAAAGAUAUCGAUAGUAACCAUGUAGGGAUUGAUGUGAAUAGCCUCACAUCAAGCGCGGCUGCUACAGCCGCUUACUAUUCUGACAAAUUAAGGGUGAACAAAACCCUGCAGCUAAAUAGUGGGAAACCAAUGCAGAUUUGGAUAGACUAUGAUGAGGUUGAGAUGUUAUUGAAUGUAACACUAGCUCCAUUUAGUUCACCAAAGCCUAGCAAGUGUUUAUUGUCUAAACAGCUCAAUCUUUCUACCAUACUACUUCGUAACAUGUAUGUUGGUUUCAGUUCUGCUACUGGACCUAUACCAAACUAUCAUUACAUACUGGGAUGGAGCUGGAAUCAGAGCGGGAAAGCACAAGAUUUAGACCCUUCCAAGCUACCAUCGCUUCCACAAAUUAAACACCAUAAGAAAAGCUUAAGCCAGCUUAUAAUAGUUCUACUUAUUGUAAUUUCACUAUUGUUAUUAUCAAUGAUUGCUGCAGCUAUUUGGUUUGUUUGGAAGAAGAAGUAUGAAGAAUUGCUUGAACCAUGGGAAAAAGAAUAUGCUCCUUAUAGAUACUCAUUCAAGGAACUUUACUUAGCAACAAAAGGAUUUAAAAACUCCGAGCUUCUUGGAGUCGGUGGUUUUGGAAAGGUCUACAAGGGUAUAAUACCUUCUACAAGUCGCCAAGUUGCUGUGAAACGGGUCUCCCAAGAUUCAAAGCAAGGGAUAAAAGAAUUUGUUGCAGAAAUCUCUAGUAUGGGAAGGCUAAGGCAUAGAAACUUGGUACAGCUCUUAGGGUAUUGCAGAAGAAAAGGGGAGCUUCUUUUGGUCUAUGAUUACAUGCCUAACGGGAGCCUUGAUAAGCUCCUUUUUGACAAGGUUGAGGGAUCAAUUUUGUGUUGGUCCAUAAGAUUUAAGAUCAUUAAAGGGGUGGCAUCUGCCCUUUUAUACCUUCAUGAGGAGUGGGAACAAGUUGUACUUCACCGAGAUGUAAAGGCAAGUAAUGUCCUGUUAGAUGCUGAGAUGAAUGCGAGGUUGGGUGAUUUCGGCCUAGCCAAGCUUUACGAUCACAGCAUUGAUCCUCGGACAACCCAUGUGGUGGGAACCAUCGGAUAUAUUGCACCAGAGUUAAGUAGAACACGAAAACCUACAACUAGUACCGAUGUUUUUUCUUAUGGAAUGUUCUUGCUUGAAGUGGGUUGUGGAAGGAGGCCAAUUGGCAAGCAAAAUGAAGAUAAUGAUGCAGAGGCUCUGUUUCUCAGUGAUUGGGUUUAUGAUUGUUGGAAAAUGGGAGAUAUUCUCAAGGCAAGUGAUCCAAGAAUGGAAGGAGAUUACGUGGAAGACGAAAUGGAGCUUAUCUUAAAAUUAGGCCUCCUUUGUUUGUAUCCAAUAGCAGAAGGGAGGCCAACAAUGCGGCAAGUAGUGCAGAUACUUAAUGGCAGUGCAACAUUGCCUGAGUUGCCAUCUGAAUACAACCCUGAAACCAUCGGUUUCCUUGGGGAGGACUUGGGAACAUUGCAUUCACUGCCAUCAUCGUUCCUGUCGUCAUCUGGAACAAGCUCUGUUGCUGUCAUGUCUAGCACAAAUUCAGUCCUCCGAUAUGGUCGUUAAACUUUUCAUAAAUUCCUUAGGUUAGGUAGUUAGCUAAUGCUGAGAGUUUAGGUUCAGUGCUUUCAGUGUAUAAACUGGUGACUAGCAAUACAGAUGCAAAUCAAAUGUGUAAUGAAAAUAUGUUGGGUCA